AUGGCAGCACCACUGUCUACGGUGGUGGAAGCCACCUGGUAUUCUUUCUGUGCACCACCAGUAUCACCAACAGGCCACCCUUUUUGGUGGUGGAAGCCACCUGCUGGGGCAGAUUGUGCACCCAUUCAGACUUCCGGGCUAUGCUAUUUGCCCAACACAAUUCAAGCCCAUGCUUCAUAUGCAGAAAACAGUUACAACCAGCGCAGGGGCAAUGACCCUGCCUCCUGUUACUUUUCUGGCACAGACACCAUAGCCAAAACUGACCCCACAGGAGGGCAGGUCACAAAGGGGGGACGUCAGUACCAGAACAACGCCAGCUCCAAGUGUGACACAGCCACCACCAGGAACCACCACUGCACCUUUUUAUAA